CUGCGGCUCUUUCCGGCAAGUUUUUUCAAUCGAGCAUCGACAAAGUAGUCCUUAGUUUUGAGGGUUAUAAUUAUUAAAUUUCAGUUUCUAAUCAGAAAUUCACUUUAGCGUGAACUUUUAAUUCUCUGCAUAAUUCAAAAUUACCUCGUCGAUCGUUCCUGUUCUCCGUCAUUUAAUUUAUUUCGGCUGCUCAGCGGAAGGAUAAUUGGCGAGACUUCUCCAAAUUUCUCACUGAACCUGCGAACUUCCUUCUUUUCAUCCGCGAAUUAUCUGUGAACAUGUCGUAUCCCUCGUCUGAUAGAAGAUCCGAUUCAGAAAAUUGGUCUGACUCCAAGAAUGGACCAUCUGACCAAGAGCCUCGAGAUGGCGGCUCCGGCCCCACAAAUAUGGACCCGGAUGGCGUCAUCACGUCCACAUGGGACGAGAUCGUCGAAAGUUUUGAUGACAUGAACUUGAAGGAAGAACUCCUGAGAGGUAUUUACGCUUAUGGUUUUGAAAAACCUUCAGCAAUCCAACAACGAGCAAUCUUACCUUGUGUAAAAGGCCAUGAUGUCAUCGCACAAGCUCAGUCUGGAACUGGGAAAACAGCUACAUUCUCUGUUUCCAUCCUUCAAAAAUUGGAUACCAGCGUCCGGGAAUGCCAAGCUCUAAUUCUUGCUCCCACCCGAGAGUUAGCUCAACAAAUCCAGAAAGUAGUUGGAGCUUUAGGAGACUACAUGACCAUCAUGUGUCACGCCUGCAUUGGUGGAACCAACAUCCGUGAAGACAUUAAGAAGCUGGAAUUAGGAGUCCAUAUUGUUGUCGGAACUCCUGGUAGAGUCUACGACAUGAUCUCGCGAAACGCAUUGAAGACGAACCACAUUCGUAUCUUCGUGCUUGAUGAAGCAGACGAAAUGUUGUCAAGAGGAUUCAAGGAACAGAUUUAUGAUGUUUUCAAGACACUCCCCACUGAUGUCCAGGUUAUUCUAUUGUCUGCCACCAUGCCAACUGAUGUGCUCGAAGUGAGCAAACGAUUCAUGAGGAACCCCGUUAACAUUUUAGUGAAACAAGAAGAGUUAACAUUGGAAGGUAUUAAACAGUUCUUCGUCAAUGUGGAAAAAGAAGACUGGAAAUUAGACACGUUGUGCGACUUGUACGAAACUUUAUCCAUCACUCAGGCUGUUAUAUUUUGCAACACCAGACGCAAAGUCGACUGGUUGACAGAAAAUAUGCAGAAAAAGGAUUUCACUGUUUCAGCUAUGCAUGGAGAUAUGGAUCAGCGUGAGAGAGAACUCAUUAUGAGACAAUUCCGUACUGGUUCAAGUCGAGUUCUGAUUACUACUGAUUUGUUAGCUCGUGGUAUUGAUGUGCAGCAAGUCUCUCUUGUUAUCAACUAUGACUUGCCCUCUAAUAGAGAAAAUUAUAUUCACAGAAUUGGACGUGGUGGACGAUUCGGUCGUAAAGGAGUAGCUAUCAAUUUUGUGACAGAAGACGACAAACGUGUUCUCAAGGAUAUUGAGACUUUCUAUACAACUACAAUUGAUGAAAUGCCGUUGAACGUUGCUGAUCUAUUCUAAAACCGAUCAUUUUUGCAAAGUGUAGUCUCUUGAUUGCUCACUACUGGAAUGGAUUUAUUUUAAAGAACAAAUCUUAUAAUUUUGAGAAGAAGGUAGAUUUUUCAACAAUUCUUUUGCAUCUGUCCUCAUCACUAGAUGUGUAAUUAUUGAAGUUAAUAAGAAAGUUUUUAAUUAAUGUAAUAUAUAUGUAAAUUUCUACAUAUAUAUUUAUCAAAGUAAGUCUAAGUGUGAAAAGAAGAAAAACUGUAUCUUAUUUUAUGAUAAUGAUGAUCAUAAAUUUUUAUUGUAA